AACUAGCCUUGCCUUCCCACAAACUCAUCCAAGAUGUAUCCACGCGGUGGAAUAGCUCCCAUGACAUGCUUGAACGCUUUUUUGAGCAACAUCCUGCGAUUUCUGCAGCACUCAUGUCCAGGGACCUCAGAAAAGGAGAAGAGGUGAAUACUCUCAAGGACAAAGACUUCUGCGACAUUGAAGACAUUGUCAAACUGAUGGCGCCGGUCAAACUUGUGACUACCAGCAUGUCUGAAGACAAGCGACCCACACUCUCAAUGAUUCUUCCUGUAAAAGCAAAGCUUAAAAAGAACUUUGAACCAUCAGAUGAAGACUCAGUGUUAAUCAGAGAGAUGAAGCAGGCGUUCAAGAAUGACUUGGAGAAACGCUACACAGGCCUUGAAGAUCUCUUCCACACUGCAGCAGCUCUGGACCCCCGUUUUAAGUCCCUGCCCUUCCUCAGUAACCAUGAUGCAGAGAGGACAUUCACAAGCAUAUCAGCAGAAGCAGCAUCCCUGCAUCACAAGGUAACGGGGGGUUCAGUUCAGAGAGGUCCAGUGCAGACUGAUCCAUGUCAGAGUGAACCUGCAAAUGGAGAUCCGGACGUCUGCAUUGAUGUACCCCAGACCCAAGAUGAGCAUAAAGGUGUGUGUGUUUUAUAA